AUGUUAGUCCCAGACAAUCCCAGAAGCAGUCAACCGGAACGGACGACGGCGCCAGUCGCUCGGGGACUGGCGCGCUACAGGGUGGACAUCGCUGUACUCAGCGAGAUCCAUUUCUUUGAACACGGUCGACUGGAGGAGGUGGGUACCGGCUACACAUUCUUCUGGGGCGGUCGCCCUAAGGCAGAACGCCGUGACGCCGACGUCGCGUUUGCCAUCCGGAAAGACAUGGUGGGACGACUGCCCUGUCUGCCGCCCGAUGAGCCUCCACCUGCCUCUGUGGGAGACAGGCAAGCUGAAUACCGCUUGGUUGCCUUUGCCUGCUCACCGUUUGCAUUUCAGCAAUCAACUGACCACGAGGCUAGAAGACCUGCCAGCUCCAGAUGA